UUUUUUUGUAAACAUUGCAUUGCACAAUACAAUUGGCCUCGGGGAAUAUUUAUAACGUAAGAGACUGAAUGAAAUGAGAUAGUGUUAAUUUGUACGCUCAUUGUACGAAUGCAAGUUUCCAUAAUGGACUGAAAACAAGGUCUGAAAACAAGGUUUGCACAAAUUCUUAAGGAUCUAGGACCUGAUCUCCAAGGUUAGGAACUUAGGAUGAAGAAACACGAGCGUCACUGCUUUCUUUCUGGUGUCUGCCCAGAUGAACACUGCCAAACCAAACUGUACUUCCCGUCCUAUGAUCGCACUGUAGAGUGUACCAGCUGCGGACAAGUACAUGAAUGCCGUUCCCUACGAUCUGUAGCGGAAGUCACUGACCCAGACGUCGUUAUCCACAACAUGGUGCGGAACCUUCUGAUGGGCAACUUAGCCCCGAAGAAGACGACUGAUUCCAUCAAGGUCCUGGGUCUGUCCAACUACCACUGCAAGCUUCUGAGCCCGCUGCUGACGAACUUUGGCAUGGACAAAGAUGGCAACGCCCAGCCGUUGGAGUGCUUGACGAAGGACAAGAGCAAGAUCUUCAACUGCGCCAACCUGGGCGGCCGUGCCUUUCUGAUCCAACCGGAGCACAUUGACAUCAUGGGGUACGGGAGGGACCAGACCGGAAGCGCUCACUACCUCUGCAACACUUUAGAACAGAUCAAACAGGUCAACAGAGACGAGGAAGUCCUGAUACCAAUACACGCCGAUGGGGAUGGACAUUGUCUUGUCCAUGGUAUCUCCAGGGCUCUUGUCGGUCGGGAACUCUUCUGGCAUGCCUUGAGAACGAACCUCAAGAAUCACUUUGAAGAGAACUUGGACCGUUACAAGAACAUGUUCAGGGAUUUUGUGGACAAUAGUGAAUGGCCCCAGAUUAUAGCUGAGAGCGACCCGGACUAUCUACCGGGACCCAAUGAGGCCAUGGGGCUCCAGAAUAUUCAUAUCUUUGGUCUUGCUAAUAUCCUCAGAAGACCUAUUGUCCUUCUUGACUCGCUCAGUGGACUAGAAAGCUUUGGUGAUUAUUCAGGUGUGUUUCUCCCUGUGUUAAGUACACCCGCUGAAUGCAGUGGAAAGGACGGUAAACUCAACAAACCUCUUUGUGUCGCUUGGAGCAGCUCUGGAAGAAACCACUUCAUUGCCCUUGUAGGGGUCAAAGGUCGUCCGUUGCCACGGUUACCAAGGUGGAUGCUCUCAAAAGCCUGGGGGACGUCGCAAGAAGAGGUCAACAGAUACAUUGAGUUUGAUGGCGACAACAUGUGCACCGUAGGGGGAGACAGGGCACUAACUGAGAAUUAUGUACAGCGUCUAGUUACCGCAAUGGAAGAUGAGUUCAAAAAGAAACAUGGUGUUCAUCCAUCAUUAGUGUCUGAUGUCUACAACUUUAUCUCCAAGAGAACAGGUAUUGGUGGUAUUCACCAGAAUGUGAUCAUAGAACAUACCAGAGCUUCGGUACAGGAUCAUCAGUUGUACAGAUGCCUCAUCUGUUCUGCAGUGUCCCAGGUACCCUAUCCUCAAGGCUACAAUGGCUCACCUUCUGGUCUCAAGGAAGGUGGAGAACUCUACGUAUUGGCUAAACAAACCCAUGGCACUCUACAAGAAGGACGGGUCUAUGACUUCCCAACACAAGACAUCCAGUGUACCUAUGAUGCAUCCUCAGAUGAACUCAUUCCGGACCAUACCUUCAAUCAGGAUGCCACGUGCCCAUGGUGUAAAGGUAAGCAGCUUCGCCGGGUGAAAACCGAUGGCAGUAUUGUCUACAUGAACGGUGAUAGGACCAGUGCUGCGUCGAGUUCUACGACUUGUACCUGCGGCCAUAAACAUUUCUGGGAUGGUGUGGAGUAUGAUAACCCUCCUAAAAUAUUCAAAGUUCCUCUUGUUUGGAAGGGAAAGACGAUCGAAGAGGAGGUCGUUUGGUUCCAGAACGAGCCCGAUCCGUCAUUGAACAGCAAUGCGUUCAAACUUGCAGAGUCUCUGGUCAACAAACAUUAUCCGGGAGAAUUUGGUAAUGAACAACUCGUCCAGAAGGUGGUUGAAUCCAUACUACACAAUACUGCAAGCAGGGAGGCAGCCUACCAACCACCCUCCCUGUCAGACAUGCCUGGCCCGAGUACAUCAUCAACGGCAAAACCAGAGGAAGCUUCAAGGAGCUCUGGUGAAAAGUCAGAAGGUGUGGAGAGUUUACCAAACGAAGGGAGAGACUCGCCAAGGAAGCAAUUGGGAAUGAAAAAGAAGGAAGGAUCUGCUGCAAGCUCUUCAUCCAUGAAUUCACCGUCUAAGAUUAUCCUCUCCGGUGGGUCCAAAUCCCUACAUAAGGAGGAACUGACGAUGAGUGAAACGGAGAAAGCACUCAGAAAGAAGAUAGCAAAGAACGCUCCCCAAAAUCAACAACAGAAAUCCUUACAACAGACAGCGGAUCGAUCCAACCAGUCGUCAUCCUCAUCAGGAGUCGGGGAGAUGAAGUUUGUUGCCAUGGAGACCGUGUCAUCAAGGACAAUAGAACCUCCGAGUGAUAUACGGAUCAAGCUUAGUUCCUCUGAAGGGAAGCAUACUACACUAGUCUUGGCUGGAUCAACUACUUAUUCUCAGCUCCAGACUCUCAUAGAAUCCAAGUUUCACAUUGCUCCAGCCAAGCAGAGGAUCAAAUAUGGCUUUCCCCCGAAAGAGCUUAGGGCGCCCCCUAGUGGUGAGGAAGGUAGUUCGCUGCCAUUGAGGAAUGGGGAUAAAGUAACCGUUGAAGUCAUACAGGAUAUUACGAGAGCUGAUCCCCAUUACAUGGCAUCUGGAAUAGCAGCUACCAAGCAGAAGAGGUUCAGUGAACAAGGAUUAAAUCAAGGUGCUCUUCUGAAGGAAUUUCAGAAAGACAUCAACAAGAUGAGAGAUAGUGAUGAAAGCAAUCUAGAGGUCCAACUGACUUCCCAUACUCUGAUGGCUGCACUGAAUGGAUUGGACCUGUGGAACUAUUCAAAGAGGAAGCCUGAACUAUUCUCGAGAGGGGGGUUAUUUUACAACAUUGUUGAGAGGGACCUUGGUCUUGAAGAUGGCAAACACUGCAUGCUUCCCUCUAUACCCAAGAAGAGAUUCCGUUUCUCCCAGCCCAACGAUCGUCUCGAGCUCUGUCUUGAACCCCUGGGUCACUUCCCAGUUUCAUCCGAGGUGGACGACCUUGAGAAGUUCAAGGACGUGGCCUUGGGUCAGAGGUCGUUGGAGAUGAGCGAGAGCGAGGUCGAACUUGAGGCUUCCUCUAGUGGGUACGUCGCAUUUGCUGGGAGGGGUCACUCGUUGAGCGUUGAUGGAGGGGCUACAGCCGCUGAUGGAGCUACAGCAUCAAAGAAAUAUCCCAAGUUUGGGGGGGACUGUGGAGGCGAUGGAAAACAGGGUUUAGAAGUGGCCAUGGACCAAGUGCAAUAUGAGGAGAGUCACAUUCCAAGUCAAUCGGGACACCCCUAUGGUGGAAUGGAUGAGUCCGUCCUGAAGCAGGAGCAGUGUGUUGAAAUGGAGCAUUCCAAAGACGGUGCAGGCAUUCAGAGGGGAGAAGGUGAGGGGAUGACGGAAGGAGGGAAAGGAGAAAGGGAAAUCCCUAUGGAUGUUGAGGAUGAGGCGGUUGAAACGAGUAAGCCUACACCAAUGGAGGUGGACUCUUCUAAUCAAUCCAUGCCAGAACCUUUCAACCAAUCACAGACAGCUUCUAUGGUGGCGGAGCUGCGCAGGUCUACGACGGAACCUGUGAUUGGUGCAAUAUCGCAAGAGGCGGCAAUAAACAGGACAGCCUCUGAACCCAGUUCGCAGCUCCCUCUCAACAGUCCCAAUAUCACCGCUGAGCUACCUGCCAGUAGCUCCUCUCAGGGAGCAGCAAAUACAAAGCCAUCUCAAGGAGACAUCAAUCCAUCGGACUCUGUGAUUGGCUCUGAGGGGAAAGACAAUAGAGAGACAGCCAAUGAGGAUUGUUCUUAUGUUUCCAGGAGACUAGGUCCUGGCUACACAGUGCUUGUAAAGAGAGAAGAUGAAGACAAAUCAUAAUGUUGAGAGAAAAUGAUACAUACUUUUAUUCAAGGCCUGUAUUUGGGUGCAUCGUGGUCUAGUGGUUCUGACUCGCCUUUCAAACAGAGGGUCAGGGGUUUGAAUCCUAGCCAUGGCAUGUUUUCC